AUGCCGAAGUACCCCGGAGCUCCACUGAGAGACGAUCUCGAUGCAUCUUUUGUGGAUAAAGAUUUUGCAGACUUUACUCGGUCGGAAAAUAAGUUGCUUUGGCGUUUGCCGUUGCGUAUGAAAACGCACAAGUCGAUAAAAGAGGGGCAAGAGGCUAUCGAAGGUCACGCAGCUGAGUUAACAAUGCCAGUGCUGAUUUUGCAAGCGGAAAAUGAUAAGGUAUCUUCCGUAGACGGUUCGAGAUUACUCUUUGACCUUUGUGGUAGCAAAGACAAAUGCAUUAAAGUCUAUAAGGACUGUCCAGAGGCCGGAUUGAAGUAA